AUGGAGCCCAAGAGGUCCUCGCCCCAGGCGCAGCCCCAGCCGCGCGCGGCGACUAAGAAGUCGCCUCCCCGCGCUGCCGCCGCCGACGCCGCCAUCGCCGACUCGCCGCUCAGCAGCCUGUUCCACCCGGCGCCGCACGGGGUAAACGGCAAAGAGCAGGACUUGUACGCCAUUCUCUUCAAGGGGCAGAACGGCAAUGCUCAGGCUAGCAUGACAGAUGGUAAAUCCCAGUGGAGUCCUGCUAGGGGCCGCACAACAUAUACCAAGGAUAUCAAGUAUGACUCGGUUGGUACAUCAUCUUGUUUUGGUUCUUCUGUGCACUAUGGUGGCCGAGAAUAUUAUGGCAGCUCUGCACCUAAGCAAUCCGCGGAAUACAGUGAUUACAAGGUGGAUAAGAAGGAUCCUGUCGCAGAUUCUCAUGGCGAUUGGUGGCAAGCUCGUUUUACUACUAAGCAAGAGCUUGGUGUCCUCUCCCUUUUCGAACAAGGAAAUCGAAGGGGAGAGGUGUGGAACCUAAUUUCCUUGAUAGCAGUUAUAUACCUUACAUAG